GUUUAGCGUUGGUCGCCGCGAAUCACUUGCCCCAUUAUUGUGCACGACUCGCUGCGAAGAAGAAGAGGACACUCCGUGCGUGUGUACACGUGUGUGUGUGCGUGCGUGUGUGAAGAAAGAAUUCUGCAAAGCGAUAAUAUUAUAUCGAUCCGUGUGGCUCCAAACGCAGAGCGCGGGUCAUGCGAGCCCCCGAAAAUGUGUGAGUGAUCCAGUGUGUGUGUGUGUGUGUGGAUCGUGCCUGAAGAAUUUGUGUGAUUUAGGUUCCGUUCAAGGCUGUGCACUUGGCUUGCAUGUGCAGCUCCCCUCCCUCCCUUUGGCAAGGUCAGUGCAGUGCGCGAACGGGAGUGUAGUUGAUGCAAGUUGCGCGUGUUGCGCCUGUGUGCUAGUGUAAUGUUUCCAUGCUCGAUCUAGCACAACCGGCCCAAGCUACUGUGACAGUUGCCAUUUUUUCUCUUCUCUAAACCACAACCACCAACUAUGGAUGUGGCACCGUCGAUGGUGCAACGGUCCGGCGACAAGCUGAUAGUGCGCCGGGUGGUAAGCGGCGAGCAAGUACACCUGAGCGACCAGAACCCACCCGUCCAGUCGGACGAUGGGGAGUCCACCGACCAGCAGCUGCUGCUCGACCGUUGGCGACGCUUUUCCACCGACGCGUCGGCCAACUACGACGAGCCGCUAACCGAUGGGGAAGGAACCCAACCGGGCCCAUCGUCCCAAGGGGCGACCGAUCACGAUCAACAGCAGCAGCAGCUGCCGCAGUGCAAAAUCAAGCGCAACUACUCGUGCGGCCGGUGUACUUACUUCACGCAGAACCCGCGCAAAUAUCUAACCCAUCUGCGGGACACGCACGGCGAAAAGAUCGUGAUCAAUGAGUGCAAACGGUGUCUGUACGCGUCGCGCCACUACCAGAAGCUGGUACGGCACAUGAAGAUGGUGCACGGGUCGGUGGAUGGCAUUCGGAAGUCGGCGUUCGGUGCGAGCCGGCGCCGGGUGCAGAAGAGCUACGGGGGGCAGAUGCAUCUGGGGCAGGUUAUGCCGGCUGCGGUACCGAAGCUGUCGGACAGUGAGGCACUGACGACGGCGUACGUGCAGCAGUUGGUGGCGUCCGGGUUGCCGAAGUUGCUGGAGGAGAUGGAAAAGUCUGGAGCAGCACUGGCGGCAAACUUUGCCCGGGAAGCCUCCACGAUCAAGGUGGAAUUGGAUCAACUAAAACAGUCAAUGCCAUAUUCAGCGGAUGAGACCGUCCAAGAGGUUAGCGAAGGUGACAGAAUAGACAGCAAACCUUCGGAAGAGCCUAAAAAGCGAUCCCGACCAGUGCCUAAUCUUAUCCCACUGAACAUGUCCACAUCCACGUCCGGGUCAUCGGCGACACCCAAGACGACGCCCCAAAAGUUCGUCAAACCAAUUCCCAUCGCCGCCCUAAAGGCAGAGAAUGGCGAAAGUGAUCGAACGCCAGAAGAUUACCCGCUCAGCCUGACCAAGCACCAGCAACCCUUGGCCACCCACCCAGACGACAUCAUGACCAAGUGUAUGUACUGUGAGCUGUCGUUCAAGCCGGUCGAAGCACUGGCCAAUCACAUCAAGUUAGCGCACAAGAACGACCUCAUAGCGUUCCUGCUCGCCAACUCCUUCGACAACGCAACGGACGCAGCGGACAAACCGGUCCCACAGCACCCAGCGGAACCCACGGAGCGCACCACGGUCAACGAAAUAUGGAAACGAUUGCUGGAGCGCAGUGCCGAAUCUUCGGUACAAACGCCGCGGAAGUACGACGCAGGCGGUAGUAGUGGUAGUGCGAAAGACCUCUCGAACGACACGGACACGGACGAUGACAACCGGGAGGAGUCGCAUCAGUCGCAAACGUUCUGCGGCGUGGAGACGGCACCCGGGUACGGUGAGGUAACGAACCGGCUGCCAACGAUCGAUCCAGCAGCCGCUGGUAGGGCUGGCUCCGGCGGCAGCUCCGGUGGUUCCGGACUGAUGAAGAAAGUCUUCAAGUGUCCGCACUGCUCGUUCUGGGCGUCGACGGCGUCCCGCUUUCACGUGCACAUCGUGGGCCACCUGAACAAGAAGCCGUUCGAGUGUUCGCUGUGCGCGUACCGGUCGAACUGGCGCUGGGACAUUACGAAGCACAUCCGCCUGAAGACGAUACGCGACCCAAGCCACAAGAAUGCGGGCGUCCUGAUGAACGACGAGACGGGGCGAAGGAACUACACCAAGUACAACAAGUACAUCGCACUGAUGCAGAUUACGGACAAGUAGUGUGUGUCAAGGAGGAAAAGCGAUUGAUGGAUGUUUAAUAUAGGAUCGCUUGUACGAGGCUCUAGCGAGUGUAAUCCUUUUAUCCUCGUCGUUGCUGAUACAAGAGGCUAGCGCAAAAAGGGGGGGAGAGAACGGCGGAAGACCAGACGUAACCAGAUUAUUGUCCCAAGGAAGCAAGAAAGGACAGGUAUAUACAACAAAAGCGUACCAGGAAGAUGCUAGUGACGGCACACAAUCAAAGGAUCGUUUUUCGGACUUCCAACAAAAGGGCAUCACAGAACAGAGAGCUCGUCUGAAGUGUGUUGAAACGGCACAGAGUGGUUGAAAGUGUAUGUGUGUGUGUGUUUUUGCUCUCCUUACAUUACCAAAUUUACCUUAUUGGAUGUAAAGCUCUUGGGCGUGCGGUUCUUAUAUUGCUUUCGCUUCUGCCAGUGUCAAGUUCAACGACGUCCAGUGACGAGACACCAUUACAUGAAACGUAGACGUCCGGCUGACUUCCCUGACGGGCCCGGGGGUAAGACGAGCUGAGUCCUACUCCGCGAGCAAUCAAUUCGGCGAAUAUGCUCAUUUCGCUCGGCUGAACGCAGAAUUUUCCAACUUGUGCGCCUGUACUUUUGGGAAUUUUCCCGCUGGGCCACAACCGCCACCACUUGGCCUUUGCAAGCAACCGUGAAAUGUGAAAUGUGAUGUUUGAGUGACUUCCUCUUCUGCUACGCAUCCACCCGGGCCUUCCCCAUCCUCCACCCCACUUAACGACCCCACCGAAUAGCAAUUCCGUCCCAAUGUAGCCUUCCAGGACGGGGCGGGGAAAGGUCCCCGGGUUCGACGUUGGAAUCAUUUUGUUGUCGCUUUGUGAACCGAGUGAACGCAUCCGUGUUACCAGUGUGAAUGCGCUUUAGUAGUUUAAUCAUUCCACAGGUGCGCCAUUUUUUGAAGAUGAGCGUCACCACCACCAGGGCAUAUGGUAUUUAGACAGAUAGGAAAUAUCCAGAACAACAGAGAAGAGAAAAAACACACAAAAUGCACUUAUGACGUUAGUUUUUAAUAUUAUUCUACAUAAUACGCACCUUCAUCCUACCCUUUCCUACACACACAACCCGUUCGGCAAUUCCUUUUGCAAUCCGAUUGCAUGCCAACAAUAACAGUUAGACACACAGGUGAACAGGCUAAUAAAAAGGUUCGACAAGUAAGACACAGCUGCAGGCAUUACCACGGUACAAUAGUUCAUCGUUUUGUAGGAAGUUGGGAACAGAAUCUCAUUCUUAAUUUAUACACCCGUUUUUGCUAUGAUAGAUGUUAAUGCGUUCUAUGUUGCUGUUGUUGUUUUUUAACAUUGUGGGUACAACACUUAAAUAAUAAAUAUUGAUAAAGAACAA